AGAGGCGGGCUGGGUGAGUGGAGUCGGACCGUGGGUGGAUGCCCUGACUGCCUGACGGUUGCGCAGGGGCCUGCAGGACUGCUGGAGAGGAUGUUGUUAACGUAAAGAGCCAGGUUGAUGAGGAAGGUUCAUGAGUCCUUUGGGUAUAAGCGGGAGUUGGGGCGGCCGGAGGGCAGAUGACUCUGAGAAGGGCAAGCACUUUCAGCUUAUAAGCCCAACCAGAUGAGUUGUCUGCAGUUUUGGAGGCCUUCAAAGCAUUUCACUAGACCUCUGUCUGUAUCGGUCCAAUGUCUUUAGCCAAGCUUUGAUUAAAGAUGACUUCCUUGUUUGCUCAAGAAAUUCGCCUUUCUAAAAGACAUGAAGAAAUAGUAUCACAAAGAUUAAUGUUACUUCAACAAAUGGAGAAUAAAUUGGGUGAUCAACAUACAGAAAAGGCAUCUCAACUCCAAACAGUUGAGACUGCUUUUAAAAGGAACCUUAGUCUUUUAAAGGAUAUAGAAGCAGCAGAAAAGUCACUGCAGACCAGGAUUCACCCACUUCCACGGCCUGAGGUGGUUUCUCUUGAGACUCGUUACUGGGCAUCAGUAGAAGAAUAUAUUCCCAAAUGGGAACAGUUUCUUUUAGGAAGAGCACCAUAUCCUUUUGCUGUUGAAAAUCAAAAUGAAGCAGAAAAUACCAUUCAAAAUGAGGCAUAGCGAUGACUUCUUCACGUCCUAUUUCAAAAAGCCUGUUUAAUAAAGCUGAAUGUUAAGGUGUAUGUAGGUUAUUGCAGGAACUUUAGGAAUUAAAUAUGUUUAUAUUCUUCCAUUAUCUCCUAAGUGACAGUGAAGAUAUGAGAAUUUACUGGCAAGUCUCAUGUUAUCACCUACUACUAUUUCAAGGUCAUGAAUUUGCUUUCCUCCAAACCCACAGACGUGUUAAACACUAAUAUUAAAAGGUGGAUUCUUUAUUAAUUAAAUUAUUGUCAGUGUUGUGUGUAUGUUGUUUUUAAAAAAAAAAAAAACAACAAUUUACAAUCAUUCUCCUCUAAGCAGGUAUCUUGGCUCUGGUUUUAAGUUUUUUAGAAUCCUUACUUUUUAGGGACAACAUAUAGGAUCAACAUGGUUCUUUUUUUUUUUUUUUUAACCAUUAUUGUUUCUUUUAACAAAUUAAAAGACAGUGACACCUAAAAUAAACUGCUUUAGUAAAAUAACGUAUGAGAAAAUAAAUUCAUAAGAUUUUAUCCCUCACAGAUAACCAAACUUCUAAAAGUUCUGGAGACAGAAAGAACUGAACUAUAAAACAGUCAAUAAGUAGCCAGUUUCAGGAAGACUCAGACUUGGUUUGAAAAAGGAUGCCUUUUAGAGCUGGGAAUGGUUAUUGGAUUUUGACUUGGUUAUUUAAGGAUUGCCAACCUUGUGAAUGCACAUAACCCCACUCUUGUCUUUUCAUCUUUAAACUUUCCCUUCCCGCUUCCUUCUAUUUUCAUUAUUCCUGAAAAAACUGUCAGUCAGAAAGCGUUAGGUCACAACCCUAAACAGCUUUGAGGUUCCUCAGUCCACCACUGCUUGAUCACCAAAAAAAAAAAAAAAAAAAAAAAAAUUUAUAACUUUCCAACUGUAGAGGCAACCUCUGCUAGUAAAGGGUACCUAUGCUAUAUUACAAUGAAAUGUUUGUUUUAAAUUUCAAACUGGUUUGUGUCUUUAAAAGAAGACAAUAGGAAAAGCUAAAUACACAACAACAACAACAACUAUAUUGAAAUGUCCAUUGUGCCGAUAAGUUCCUUUAAACUACCAUCUUGGAAAUAUCCUGUUGAGUGGGUGUUGGUGUGGGUAACAAUAAUGUUGUUUUCAUAAUAUGUGCUGGCAGAUUAGCACGCUUCUCUACAGUGUUAACAGUUGUAAUUAAGGAAUAAACAGCACAGGGUGUCAGUCCGAUGACAAUUUCAUCUAUAGUGUCACAAUACAAAAUGUCACAAAAUAUUAGAACUGUUAUAUAACUAUAAAAAGUAUCAGCUUAAAAGCUAAAAGCCUUUGAAAAAAGAAGACAGAGGAAGGAAGAAAAAAGAAAACUGGCAUAGCAACCAGAACAAUUUUAUACCUUCUCAAGAAUGUUCUGUCAUGAAAAUAAAUUGAUAAUUUUUUUCUCUUACAUUACAGUUUGGUUUCUAGCCAUCCAGUUGAUUUAGCAGGAGAAUGCAGGUUUUUUUAGCAGCUUUGAAUUGGUAAACAGAUUUAGAUGUAGUAGAAAGGAACAUGAGGAAGUUUUUUUUUUUUUUUAACAUCCAAUCUUUCCCAGCAUAUGCACAUAAGAAGGUGAAUGAAGCAAUGUGAAACUUAUUUCUCUUUAGUCAAGUGAAAAAAAGGCUAAACAUUUGUUAGAUGGUAAAAUAUUGUGUCAAGCGAGUAGGCACAUUCCAAAAUUACACAGUGGUUGAUACAUUAACAUCCUCAAAUAUUUGAGCGUACACUUCCUUUGAGAUCUGUAAAUUAAAUCACCAGUAGGUUAGAUUAAAAUACAAAACAAAUGGCAAUCUAACCAUCUCAAAAAAGGUUCAGGUUUUUUUCUCCCCAAAAUUGAGGACUUGCUAAAUAAUUUUUGAAAAGCGUAAACAUAAUACACCCUGGGUUACAAUCGAGGGCAGAAGGGAAGGUAUUUCCAAGGCUCCUGCUGUAGUGUUUUUCCCAUUUUUGUUAAUACCUCAAAAACUCCCAGAGAUGACUUUAUUCCUGGCCCCUCCAGAGCUCCCCUCCCCACCCCCACCUUGUAGACUGUAACAGAUUGCACCACAUGGUGUCUGUUUAAAAAAAAAAAAAAAAUUCCCAUAGGGACCUGGAUAUCCCAUUAAUGGGCUUUAUAUUCGUCAUGGCAAAUUAGCUUUACACAGGAAUUUCCAAACAUUGUUUUCUGUUAAGAAGAGAGGAAUACCACAUAUAAUGUAUAUUUUUUCUAUAAUGAGUAGGAAUCAGACAAGGAAAAGGAAAUGUCAUCUACUCAUACCUUUCUCUCCAAAUUCAGUGUUCUUUCCAUAUGCUCCAUUGUACUCCACCACUCUUCUCCAUGAAAACUAUGAAUUUAUGUUUUUUUUAGAAAAAUGGAGUUUUCAAAAUGAAAGUCAAAUAAUUUUUUCCAAAGCCAUUCGUGGACUGUUGCAAAUGCAUAAAUAUUCAAAGCUCAUUUUCUGCAGAAACACUUCUGCUAUAUGAAAUUAUUAAACUGUAAAAUGCUAAAGAUCAGAAGGAGCUACAGUUUUUCUUUAAGCUUGAAAAAAAAUAAAAUUUAAGUACUAAGGAAAAAGCCUAAUACUCUGGAAACCAGACAUCUGGUCUUUCUCAUGCGUAGGGAGCAGUGUGAAUGAAAGUGAAGUCAAACGGACAGUUUUUUUCUGCAUUAUGCACAAGGUGUUUUAAAUUGUCAGCUUAAGGUUUAGAUGAAGAUAAUCUCUAACUCUGUUUACAAUUUUUGCUAUUUUGCAUUAUCCCCUUUUUCCAUAAAAAAUAAAGUGAAUAUGUGUGCAUAUUUAUUUUGAAUCAAUAUUAAACUUAUUUUGAGAUUA